UACUCGUGUGUUUUUUUAAAUGUUUGGACCAACCAUUCCCGGUCACGGAACGAUCAAAUUUCCGAGAACUGGAAACGAAACUUUCUGCGUAAUAUCGGAGCUUCGAAUGAGGGUCCAGUCACGGUGAAGCCCCCUCCUCCCCCCCCCGGAGCUGUGCAAAGAACACGGGCAUAAAAGAGAAGCAUUUCCGGCCCAAUACACACGCCUCUCUCAGCACUGAUGUCAACACAGAUAGAUAGCGAGAGGAGGACCCAGGUGAGACUUUGCCCAGUGUUGCCAUCAAGCAUCCUCAACCCCCUCCGCCUAAAACUUACUACCACAUUCAAAAGCUCGGAGUCCCUCCGUGUCAUCAGUCGCUGACACCGUCUCUGCCGUGAUGGCCAAGAACCGCUCUCCAGACAAGAAAUCCAGGAGCCGGACCAAGUUCGUGGAGUAUGUAGGUUCCUUUACAGUGGAGGAUCAAGAUCUUGAUGAAAAGACAUGGCGAAUCCAUCAACAGCUUCAUAUUCUGAAGGAUCUUCCUCGAAAAAUGGCAGUAAUACUAAAAUUCUCAUCACAAGGAAUAAAGAUGUACAAUGAAAAUAAAGAGACGCUGUUGAUGGCUCAUGCCCUGAGGAGAAUCUUAUACACAACGUGUCAACCGGCGGAUUGUCAGUUUGCAUUUGUCACACGCAACCCGUACAGACCACCAAGUGAGCUCUUCUGCCAUCUGUUUGUCACCACACAGCCGAAUGAGGCAACCAUUCUGAAUUUGCAGCUGUGCCGGUUGUUCCAGGUUGCUUCCUGUACAAAAUAUCGAAGAGAGCAACAGAGCAAUGUUUCUGCUACCCAGCACCCCAAACAGGAAACUCACCAAGAAUCAUGCUGUCCGAUAUCAACCAUUUCUACAAGACGUGGGAGAGAGCGCUAUGGAGAACUGGAGGUUUCCUUGAAUGUCAGUGCCUUGGUCUCCUUCAAGAGACCAUCACGGCAAGAGGAACUCGGAUUGUCAGAAGAAAUAGAUACUGAGGAAACCAUUAAAAAUGAAAACUAUGGUUGCUGUACCAGUAAAACAGUGGCACAUGACUCCACAAGUGGUUCUAAGGUCCAAUCAAAAGACCUGGAGCCAUUUGAAAAAUCUUUAGAAGACUGUCCAUUCUCUUCAUUGACAUUAGUGCGAAAGAAAGCUAUACGUAAUAAAGGGAUCAGGUCAGGAGCUUACAGGAGUUCUACCUUCAAGAGACAAUUCCAGCAAGCACUAGCAGAUGGCUAUAGUUGCAGCCUGGGAGAUGAACUCAUGGAAUCCUGGAAAGCACUUGCACCACUGCAACAUGAAGAAGUAUUAAUGGAUACAGUUUGGGCCAGCGCUGGAUUACCUAGGGAUUAUGCCACAGCACUCCUAAAACAUGAUGUAAUGGGAGCCUUCUUACUGUGGGUGAAUCCUGGCCCCCUACAGUGUUGGACCCUAAUGAUGCGAACUCCAUUUGGUGUGGUCAACUAUCUUAUCUGUAAAAAUGAUGAAGGCAAAUAUUAUUUGCAGCAAUUGAACACACUAAUGUUUCCCAGCAUAAAAGCCUUGAUAGAACAUUACACAGCAAAUGAAGAUGGUCUAUUUUGUUGCCUAAGUGUUUCAAGGGUAAAUCACUGCUAUGAAGACCAUGAUUCUCCUGAACAUUAUUGUUUGCACCCAGUCCAAAGUAAACCAGAGGACAGGCAGAUUGCUUCAGAUUAAUGAAGCUGAAUUUCCAAGAACGGGUAAGACUGCUUCCUGCAGGUCAUAUCAAGAGACUAGCUGCAAGUUGUGAUGUGCAGGGUGGUUGAGGAAAAUUUAAUACAAUAAAUUUGAAUCUGCCACAGAUACUGUCUUGUGUUCAGUGGUAUCAGACACUGCUGCAGUGGUCCCAGAGUUUACUGUUAUGGGGAUUGACUCACAAUAGCAUGUCGGAAGUUGUAAUAAUAAUGCUGUCUUGUGAUUCCAACAGCAUACUUAUAUAUACCAUGUAUGCGUUCCUUUAGUCCCUUCUAUGGCAGACUAUGCUAGCACUUAAUGAGUUGAAGUUUGAUACAAAUCAUUCAGCUGCUUUACUUUGCAGCAAAUGCACAGACACACCAACAGUUAUGAUCAGAUUAGAAAAGUUCAAUUAAUAUCACCCAUCAUAGCAUAAUGAUACAAAAUAGAAACACAGUUCACCAUCAGUAAGAUGUUUUUAAUUCAUGAAAGA